AUGCAGAUCACCAUCUGGUCCGUGGCUCGCACCAUCCUUCUUCUGACUGCCUCUCUCAAUUCCGCCUAUGGCCGGACCAUCAAUAAUGCCAGGGACCUGAUCCCAAACCCUAGCCAAGACCCCUUCUACGUCCCGCCCAGUGGUUUCGAGUCGGCCAGUCCCGGUGCUGUACUUCGUUCCCGCAAAGUGGCCUCAUCCUUUUUUUCCAUCAUCCCCAAUCCUAUCGAGACGUACCAGAUUCUGUACCGCACCACAGCGGUCGACGGGUCGGCCAUUGCUACCGUCACCACCGUCUUCAAGCCCGUCCUCGGCAAGAGAGAUCGCUUUGUUACGUGGAGCAGCGCCUACGACAGCGCUGCUACUCAAUGCAACCCGAGCUACUCGUACCGCCUUGGGUCUAGCAUAGUGCCUUCCAUAUUGACUACGAAUGCUGUUGAGCAGCUGAUUAUUGAGAUCUAUCUUCUCAAGGGCUACAUUGUCUCCUCCCCCGACUAUGAAGGCCCAGACGCCGCUUUUGCAGCUGGCCGGCUCUCUGGCAUGGGAGUCUUGGACAGCAUGAGGGCCGUUUCUAAUUUUGGACGCACUCUCGGUCUCACGACGGACAAGCCAUCCAUUGUCGGCGCUGGCUACUCUGGCGGCGGUCUUGCUACCGCUUGGGCCGCGGCUCUGCAGCCGAGUUAUGCCCCCGAGCUGCCAGUCAAGGGCUGGACCGCAGGCGGAAUUCCAGCCAACUUGACUUAUAUUUUUGAGUUUAUCGACGGCUCGCUGUUAAGUGGCGUUGAGAUUGUCGCCUUGGCGGGUCUCAUGAAGCCGUCGGCCUAUGGAGCCACUCUGAAGCCAUUUAUUGACGGGAUUGGUACGUCGGCACUUCAAAAAGUGCUUCAAAUCGCCAAUACCCAAUGCUUUAUACCGAAUCUCCUCGUUUUCCCUUUCCAGUCUCUGCUCGACACGAAAUAUCAGAGCCUUGGCAAGGAUGUACUCACCAACGCGACAAUGCUGUCAGCUUUACAGGACAAUACACUUGGCGUCGACAAGGCGCAGAAGCCAACCGCGCCGUUUCUCAUGUUCCAUGCCAAGCCCGACGAGCUCGUUCCAUACGCCCCGGCAGCCAAAGUCCACGACACUUGGUGUGAUAAUGGUGCCACUGUUAAAUUUGUCGAAUACGCAAACGGUGGCCAUGUCACUACAGCUGUGCUUGGUCUUGUUGAUGCUUUCAAAUUUGCAGAUGAUGCCUUCAACAACCAAGUUGCUUCUGGAUGCACAAGCAAGACUGUUCUCGACGACACACUCAAUCCCCUUGCCUUUGGUGUAGCUUUGGAGCCUCUGACUGUAGGGCUGAUUAACUAUCUGGUCGCCUUGGGCAGAAAAGAUGCGAGUUGGCUGGCUGGUAUUAAAAAGGGCGAACCUAUUAAACUAUGA